CCUGCGACGCGACGUCAGCGUUAGCUUUAAUCUACUGCGCCGGCGUCGAGCGUAGGCCGGAGCAAGAUGGCGGCCCCGCGCAGGCAAUAUGGGCUCAUUUUGCCUAAGAAAACACAGCAAUUGCAGAAGCCUAUUUUGCAGAAGCCAUCAGUGUUUGACAAUGACUCUGACGAGGAGACCUCCGUGAGUGACUGCCUUCAGAAAGAAGCCUUCAAAAAGCAAGUGAUGAAGCAGACUAAACUUGAAAUUCAGAAGGCCCUAGCAGAAGAUGCCACUGUGUAUGAAUAUGACAGUAUUUAUGAUGAUAUGCAACGGAAGAAGGAGGAAAGUAAUCCUAAAUUGCUUUCAGUAAAAGACAGAAAGCCCAAGUACAUUCACAGCCUAUUAAAAGCAGUAGAGAUAAGAAAAAAGGAGCAAGAGAAAAGAAUGGAGAAGAAAAUUCAGCGAGAACGAGAAAUGGAGAAAGGAGAAUUUGAUGAUAAAGAGGCAUUUGUGACAUCUGCUUACAAGAAGAAACUCGAGGAAAGAGCUGAAGAGGCAGAAAGAGAGAGAAGAGCCGCUGCCCUGGAGGCUCGACUGGAUGUAACCAAGCAGAAGGAUCUCAGUGGAUUUUAUAGGCACCUUUUAAAUCAAACAGUUGGAGAAGAGGAAGUCCCUAAAUGCAGCCUUCGGGAGGGCAGCUCUAGGAUAAAGGAGGAGAAGCCGCGGGGUUAUUCUGAUGAACAGAAUCCAGACAGUGGAGUCCGAGAUAAUAGAGCCAGGCCCGAAACCAGAGUGAAGGAAGAGGAAAAUCCGGAUGCCGACAGCGACCUGGAGGAGGAGAGCAGUGAGGAGGAGGGGAGUAGGGCCGGCCGGGGCCGCCGGCAUUCCAGCUCCUCAGGGGAGGACCGGGGGCCCAGCAACAGGAGCUGCAGGGCCGGGGGCAGCGACCCAGCAGGGGGAGACCGCGCAGUCCGACGUCGGGACCAACGUUCCCCUGACAGCUCUCGCCAGAAAGAAAAAGCCGAGAAGUACAAGCCCAGGGAGGAUAGCGGUAAAGACCAUGUCCGGAAAAGGCGGGAACCGGAUGAGAGAGGCAGGGGAAAGGGAGAAGAGAGGAAAAGGACUGAGGCACGAGAGCAGAGGAGGGAGGAAGGGGGAGAGAAGCGGGCCCCCCGGGACCGAGAGCGAGAGCCAGCCCGGCGGAGAAAUAGUGGAGACCCGCAGGACAGUCCGGAGCGGGAGGGGGGCCGAGGCUGCGCAGAGGGCCAGGCAGACCGGCCAGAGAGAAGCAGGGACAAGGACCCGGGCCUUGGGCCUUUGGAGAGUGAGGGGAGCACGGGGCCUGGGGCGCGAAAUGGGCUGCCUCAGGGGGACGCAGAGGGGGCCUCCAAGCGUCAUCAGGAGGAGGGGGCAGAGAAGCCACGUGAGGCGUUGAGCAAAUUUGCAAAGCGCAGCAGCCAAGAGACAGUGAUGUCGGCCCGAGACCGGUACCUGGCCCGGCAGGUGGCCCGCUGCGCGGCCAAAAGCUACAUUGAGAAAGAAGAAGACUGAAGGUCCCAAGAGCAGCCCAGGAAAGGGAGGGUGUCUGUAUUUUUGGCAUUUGUCAGGUUAUAUAUAGUCCUCAGCUCACUGUAUUGUAAUGUAAAUAAAAAUGUCCUUGAUUUAAGUAAAAAA